AUGGUGAACCAGCCUUUUUCCGUUUCAGAUCAGGAUCUGUGCGAUGUGUAUCAAUUGAAACAUCUCGACCCUCAAACUUCCUGGUUAGAAGAUUCCAGCGUCGUUUACACUCUGCGAGAACCACAGGCUCUGGAGUCUGUGGACUCAUCGUAUGCUGUAUUGAAUGAGCUACUUCGACAAGAACACGAGCAUAGCGCAGGAAGGAAUAGUGCUAUCGAAACGGCAGAUCUCCAGGACCCUUUGAACCCAAAAUUACGAUUAGACGAUCUUCUGAAAAGCUCACAAAUUCCUCCAGCAGAGCGCUACCGGUACUACAUCAACUCUAAAAAGUUCAAUUCCAAACUUUAUUUACGAGGGUUGCACGCUCAAGAUAGUUUCAAUGACCUGAGCUCAUCUUUGGACCUUCUGGAUCGCUCAUUGCAGUCACAAAGUAACGAUCUCAAGGCCUUGGUCCAGAAUAACUUCUCAAAAUACGUAAGAUCCAAAAACAACUUGGAUAGGAUUUAUGACCAAUUUCAGCGGUUUUCAUUGGAAGAUGAUCAAGAGUUGGGAACGGGCAAAUUAGGGCUGGCAGUCGACGAUACGGUCCAAGAAGUAGCCCUAAAAGUUAAGCCCAUUCUUGAUACAAGUUCCAAGCUGCAAAAUAUUCAAGCAACAAUAGCAUUUGUCCAAGAGAACAAGAAGCUGUUUGAUAUACCGAAAAAACUUAAGCAAUGCCUACUAGAUCGAAACUUUCCACAAUUAAUGAUUCACUAUCAAGAGGCUCGUUCAAAUUAUCAAGAACUUUCAGCCAAUGGCCAUAAAUCGCCUGUUUUAGUGAAGGUCUGGGAGCAAAUCGAAUUUACAAUGAACAGUUAUCGGAACGUUAUGUGGGAGUCGCUUAUGAAUCUACAAUAUGGCGAAACGAAUGAUAGGCUCCUACCACUUGUGUCAAAGCUUCUUGAUUUAGAUUCUAGCGAAAGUCCGAUUUUAGAAUGGAUCAACAAGAAACUAACGAAUUUUGAGUUCAAGCUUAAGGAUCUCAUCUCGAAGAUGUUCACUGCCAUCGUUGCCGCGCAACAGAAAGUUGUCAAGACCGUGUCAGACGAAAGCGAAGAUCUUAGCUACUAUCUUUCCAUCGAGCGUUUUGUCGACCCAGCUUUAGCUGAGGUCGCUCAAUUGCCCCCAGCAGCAAAAUUAGCGCAAGCAAAUAUGACAUUAUGCGAUUCUGUCGUUAUUAUCGAGAUGUGGCUUCUAAUCAAAAAGUACGCCAGUCUGCUGAGCUCCGAGUCUGAUUCAUUCGUCGAGUUUUGGGAACACGUCGAGAAGUUUAUGGAUGGCACCUAUCGCACAUCUUUACUCAAUGACAAAAAGAAGGAUGACAUUUUAGGCACUUACUUUGAAAGUCAUGGUAGUUACAAAAACUUCCUUAUCUUCAAAGACAGUGAUGUACAGGUUAUCAGAAAGAGGGGAGAAGACUGUGUCAACAUACUGUGCAACGGCCUUGGCAGGCUUUUCAAUUCAUCCCAGGCAUCACUUUUUGGUGAGAACCAAAAUGUCAAAGAAACAGGAGAACCUAGCGACUAUGGUUUUAUUCCCCCCAAAGCCAAUUGCCUGGGCUGUUUAAGGUAUCUGCCUCAAAUCGUUGACCCCAUAUUCAAAUUCACAACAGAAAUUGCACAGUUGAGCAUAUCAUCUAAUUGUAUUGACACUUUGAGAAAGACCGACUCUCUCAUUCUCAAUAGAACUGUUGCUGCUAUAUCAGCCACUAGAUUAAGAGAUCUUUCUGCGUUUCAUACUUUUGAAGAAGAGCCCAUGUACCGGACUUUUGAUGCCCAGGAUUACGGAAUAACACGCUUCCCCGAGAUUAUUCAUAUGUUUCAAGUGUUGAGCAUUUCCACCAUCAGGAACAUUCUGUUUUCCUAUGAAAAGCUUCCGGUCUUCAACGGAAUAUACGUCGUUUCACACCCCUCGCGUCAACUGCUUUCCGGGAUAGAAGUGCAGCAAAUAGUGUCAAUGGAGGCGGUUUUGGAGUCGGUGCUAAAAGACGCCGCCAAAGAAAAGGAAAACCCAAGGACGUCGAAAACUAUUCUCACUUUGACAAAUCUGCAGUACAUGCGGGAACAAAUAUUCCCCAAAAUUCUCCAGUACUUUGAUGAAAGCUUUGAAACUCAGCUGGGCAAGAAGAACCUCGAAAUAUUCACUUUGCUGUCAAAAAUGGAGUCGUCGAUUUUUGGAAACUACUUAUCGGACUUGAAAGUCAGCAUUCGAGAUAUUUUGGAAAAACGGUUUUACGAAAUUAACUGGGCAACUUACAGCUCCAAUUCAUUUCGCGUGAGUGACUACAUGAUAGAGACUUUGAUGGAUUUAGUGAGUAUUCAUAGUGAGUGUUUCCGCAUAGGUCCCCAGUUGAUAGGUCGCAUACUCAAGGAGUCUCAAAUUUUCAUUUCCAAGUAUUUGUUUGAGGCCCUCAAGCGAUACAUAGGAAACCUUUCCUCAGAUGCACUUCUGCAAAUUGUGAUCGACGUGCAGUUUCUUCUAAGAAUGCUUGGCACGCUACUUGAGAAGGAAACCGAGGUGACUUUACUCGCCUGUCUUCACAAUUGCUUUCAAAAUGACAAUAGCAGGCUGCAGAGGUGUAUCGAUGAAACUGAGCCCAUCGUUUCCGCCAACUUAACGAAAACAAGUGCACAGUUUGCAGCUUUCAAGUGA